CGCGCCGCGGAGCAGUUACCGAUGGAAGCGGAAGAGCUCGUUAACGGCGACGGAGACGACCUUGAGGCUGCUCUUCUCUCUGUCGAUUCGCAGCUGGAGGAACACCACCACCCCCGCAGCAUUCGCCGCUUCGCCUCUAACACCACCUCGCAGCUCGCCAUUAUCGGCUCCAACCUCUGUCCCAUCGAAAGCCUCGACUACGAGUUGAUCGAGAAUGACUUCCUGAAGCAGGACUGGCGCAGCAGGGGGGCGGCGCGCAUCGUGCAGUACGUCAUCCUAAAGUGGACUCUCUGCUUCCUCGUCGGUGCCCUCUCCGGCGCCGUUGGUUUCUUCAACAACCUCGCCAUCGAGAACAUCGCCGGCGUCAAGUUCGUGGUCACCUCCAAUAUGAUGCUCGACGGCAAGUAUUGGCGGGCUUUCGGUGUGUUUGCGGGGUCAAAUUUUCUGCUCGUCAUCUUUGCUUCGGCCAUCACCGCCUUCAUCUCGCCGGCGGCAGCCGGAUCAGGGAUUCCGGAAGUGAAGGCCUAUCUGAAUGGCGUUGAUGCUCCUCAUAUUUUCUCAUUGAAUACGCUAUGUGUCAAGGUAGCAGGUAGCAUUGCUGCGGUCUCCUCAUCUCUCUAUGUGGGCAAGGCUGGUCCCAUGGUGCACACGUGUGCUUGCAUUGCAUCCAUACUUGGACAGGGCGGGUCUCGGAAGUACAAGUUGACUUGCGCAUGGUUGAGGUACUUUAAGAACGACAGAGACCGACGGGAUCUUGUCACCUGCGGAGCUGGUGCUGGUAUGGCUGCUGCUUUUCGCGCACCAGUUGGUGGCGUUUUGUUCGCGCUGGAAUGUGUAUCAUCAUGGUGGCGAAGUGCACUGCUAUGGAGAGCCUUCUUCACUACAGCAGUCGUUGCGGUUGUGCUCAGGGUGCUAAUCAAUAUUUGUAGAAGCGGAAAAUGCGGGUUAUUUGGGAAGGGUGGCCUUAUCAUGUUUGAUGUCACUUCAGAGGAUGUCCCUUAUCACCUAGUCGACUUAACUCUAGUUGUCCUUCUAGGAGUAAUAGGAGGAAUCUUCGGAAGCCUGUACAAUUUCCUGCUCGACAAGGUUCUUAGAUUCUACACUCUUAUUCAUCAGAAAGGCCAUGUCUACAAAUUUCUUCUAGCUGCUUCAGUUUCCAUAUUCACCUCAUGCUGCCUAUUUGGAUUACCUUGGCUCGCAUCUUGUAAGCCUUGCCCGGCUGGAUUAGCAGAAGCUUGUCCAUCAAUAGGCAGGUCUGGAAAUUUCAAGAAGUUUCAGUGUGCUCCCGGCCAUUACAAUGAUUUAGCUAGUUUAUUUUUCAACACAAACGAUGAUGCGAUAAGAAACCUCUACAGUCUCAACACCGACACUGUGUUCCAGAAAUCUUCGGUCUUUUUAUUCCUCGUGACAACUUAUUUUCUUAGCAUCAUCAGCUAUGGCUUGGCACUUCCCUCCGGGCUUUUCGUGCCUGUUAUUUUGUCCGGUGCAACUUUAGGACGUCUUACCGGUAUCCUCAUGGGUUCACAUGCAACUCUUAACAAUGGUCUCUUUGCGGUCAUUGGCUCAGCUUCCCUUCUUAGUGGUACAAUGAGAAUGACUGUUUCGGUCUGUGUAAUUAUGCUAGAACUAACCAACAAUCUCCUACUUCUUCCUCUGCUCAUGCUGGUUUCACUGAUAUCGAAGACUGUAGCUGAUGCUUUCACUGCCAACAUCUACGACCUGAUCGUGAAGUUGAAGGGUCUGCCUUACCUUGAAUCACAUGCCGAGCCAUAUAUGAGGCAGCUCACGGUCGGUGAUGUGGUUGGAGGCCCUUUGCAAGUAUUCAACAGUGUUGAAAAAGUCGGCAACAUAGUUCAUGUGCUCAAGGCCACUGGUCAUCAUGGCUUCCCUGUGGUAGAUGAGCCUCCCAUUUCUGAUUCACCUGUACUUCUCGGCCUCAUUCUCCGUUCGCAUUUACUCGUUCUGUUGAAGAAGAAACAGUUUGUUCAUACUCGAGCAAUUUCGAGUAUUGACACUACAAAAGAGUUCUCAGCUGAUGAUUUCGCUAAGCGUGGCUCUGGUAAAAAUGAGCUCAUCGAUGCCAUUGAGCUGACUGCUGAAGAGAUGAAUAUGUAUGUUGAUUUGCAUCAGUUCAUGAAUACUUCACCUUAUACUGUUGUCGAGACGAUGUCGUUGGCGAAAGCUCUCAUGCUUUUCCGUGAAGUCGGCCUGAGGCAUCUCUUGGUUAUUCCGAAGUCCACUUCGGGGAUGCCUAUCGUUGGCAUAUUGACAAGGCAUGAUUUUAUGCCGGAGCAUAUACUUGGGCUGCAUCCUUGUAUACUAAAGAACAAAUGGAAAAAACUACGGUUUGGGAGAUUAAGCAUGGUGAAAAUUUUUAAUGAUCUUCGUGAUUGGUUCAAGAAAUGACAGCUAAAAUCCUCCCGUGGAAGUGAACUAUCGGUGUGUUUUGAUCCAGAAUACUAAGAUCAUUUGAUUUUGUUGGCAUUUUGAGGCAGCGAGAUCUGUAAGUUCCUUCUCUACAGAACUAGAUACUUGUUCCAUGAUUUCAUAAUGAAUUUGUGGAGGAUA